AUGACGCUCAUCCAGUUUGCAUCUUUCCAUGAGACCGCUAAGGAUCCCAUUAGUGUUAUACUGUCGACGCUAUCGUUGGCAUUGAUCUACUUCAUAUACCAUGAUUUCUCUCAGACGUACAUCAAACGGCCGUCCCAUUUUAUCCGCAAGAAGCUCUCAGAAUACUUCAGCAAGCCAAAGUUCGAUGCACCACUGGUCGAACUCAGACCUGGCGAGACGUACCGUGAGGUGCUCGCCAGAGGGUCCGCUAUGUAUCCCGACCGGCUCUACAAGAUCAAGCAUUUUCCCGACGAAAUAGUUAUCCUGCCCGCCAGUUGUGUGGAGGAUAUCAAAGCGAACCCAGAAUCGAAAUUGAGCUUUCAACAAGGUUCUUACGACUUCUUUGUUGGGGAUUUCACCGGCAUCACCGGCCACGAGAAGGCCACUGCAACGUUGAUUCGUCGCGACGUUGGUCGUCUUCUUGACCAGGUGUACGAAAUUGUCCAGGAUGCAGCGUUGACAUCUAUUCUGGAGGAAAUCGGACCCUGCGAAGAAUGGACUGAGAUGGUCCUUUACCCCCGAAUCGUCCGCAUGAUCAUCAAGAUUUCCCAGCGGGUUUUUGUGGGGGAGCCCCUGUGCCGCAACCCUGAAUGGCUUAAAGCAAUCCAAGAUUGUACCGGCGGCGCAUUCAGUGCUGUCCCCAAAUUGUGGGAGUAUCACCCACUCAUAAGGCCAUUUGUUGCGUGGCGGAUGCCUCAGCUCCGUGCUAUCAAGAGACACAAGCAACGAGCCGCCCGCCUACUUGCCCCUAUCUUGGAACAGCGUUUGGAUGACAUGAAGAAGCCCGACUUCAAAACGCCACCUGAUCUAAUCCAGCUCGUGAUUGACGGAUCUCCAGAUGGAAAGGGACGGAAUCUCGACUAUCAAGUGUCCGCUCAGGUCGGCACGGGCCGGGCUGCGCUGUUUACGACAGCAACAACUGUCUUCCACAUUUUGUACGACCUAUGUAUUCGCCCGGAAUACAUUGAACCCUUGAGGAAAGAAGCUCUCGAUGUCGGUGAAGUCUCCAUGACCCGUGCCAAUGUCGCCAAGCUGGUCAAGCUUGACUCGUUUAUUCGGGAAGCGCAACGGUUCAACAAAUUUAUGCUAGUGGGGACUAUUCGCAAGGUUACAAAGCCAUUGAAGAUUGCAACCGGCGAAGUCCUGCCAGUCGGGGUCAUUUGUGGCGUGGACACCCAUUAUAAUCAUUUCAGCCGGUCGAAUCUGGAGGAUCCUGAAGUAUUUGAUGGUUUCCGGUUUGAAAAACUCCGGUCACAGCCUGGUAACGAGCAAAAGUACCAGGCCGUCUCCAUCGCAGCGGACCACCUCGUAUUUGGGUAUGGUACCCAAGCUUGUCCUGGUCGGUUUUUCGCCAUGCAUGAAGCCAAAGUUGUGGUGGCUCGAAUCCUCCGCAACUAUGAGUUCAAGCUGAAGAAUCCCCCUAAGGAGCAGUCGGUGAUGGCCGGUCUCGAAGGCAUUCUGAACAAGGUUGAUGGUUCGGUGCAGUUUAUGUUCAAGCAUCGCUGA